UUUGCUGGUGGAGAUGUUAUUCUACCGAUCUCUGACAGCACUGACUUUCCGACUGUUGAGUGGUCCAAAGAAGGUCUGAACCCAGACGUGGUCUUCCUGUAUCGGGAUGGCUGUGAGACCUACGAGAUAAAGAAUCCAAUCUUUGAGUACAGGACAAGCUUGAUCAUGAAAGAACUGAAAGAUGGAAACAUCUCAUUAAGGAUCUCCAAUGUGAAAAUGUCUGAUGCAGGGAAGUACAAAUGCCUCAAGCUCUGGAAGAAAGCUCCUCGGGAGGUCACAGAAGUGGAGCUUGUUGUUGGUGCAGUCUCGGAGCCAAAGCUCUCAGUGGUUUCGGUUGAAAGAUGUGGGGUGACUGUGCAGUGUGAGGUGAACUUCUGGCCAACAGAGCCUCAGGUAACAUUUCUGGAUCACCAAGGAAACGACAUCCCUGCUCAAGGUUCAGAAAGAGAUCGAGAUGCCAGCGGACGUUUCAUCAUCAAACAAAGAGUUACUCUGCAGGAAGCAAACAGCAGCAUCACCUGCAGGGUUCACCAGCCAGAGAUCAACCAGACCAGAGAGACAAAGAUCCUCAUAUCAGCCACCUGCAGCUCCGACAUUUGCACCGCUGCCUUUGCUGCUGGAGGGUUGGCUUCUGUCUUAUUUUCAGCUAUAUUAGCUCUACUGAUAUAUAAGGAACACAAUAAAUCAACCCAAAAAAAGAAGCGUCUUCACAGGAAGUCAUCAGACCAAAGAAAGAAUAGCAGCACUGAAAAUAUGUUAAACAGUUUAACUGAGCAGCUAAAAGAAAGAUUGGCUGGACUCAAGUCAGAGCUUCAGGAGAAAGAAGAGAUCAUUCGCCAGCUAAAAAGAAAUGAUCAGCCGUCUCGAGCUGUUGCUACCCAGCAUGACCAACCAAUUUGGGGCCUUUUCACGUGCAAACCAGACAUCCCCAAAAAACCUUUCAAUCAUUAUUCUGACCUUGACUCCAACGCUAGUUACUGUGCUGAUGACUAUCAUCCAAAAUCCACAGCUUCAACCAAAACUUACCCUCCAAAAUCUGGCAGCUUACACCACAAAGGUUCACAUUUAGGAGUCAAGAGGCAAAACAGCAAUCCAGCACCGGGCCAACCAAUCCAAAGAAAACAUCGCAACAGAAGUAGUCCUGCUAUUAUGUCUUUAGCGUUACCUAGCUUGUCUUUAACCAGCAAUGCAGAGAAAAUGCUGGACCACAUUAGCAGCUCAAAGAGUGAGGCUGAAGCCCUGCUAGAUCAAGAUGCAUUCUCGCCACUGCAUAGAAGUUAUUCAGCAGGUUCUCAUUUAGCUUGCAGUAAUAACCGCUUUUAUGCACUGGGAGGUUUAACUGAAGAGUCAUGAGCUGCCAAUUCACAAAAGGAGAACAAAAACUGGAAAACUUUCAGUUAACAUCUACUAAUGACUGCAUCUUAGCCAGAUGUUUUACAAGCUUGGCUUCAGAAACUAGAAGAUAUCAACUUUGAAAUUACUUUGGCCUU